AUGCAAAAACUGACGGAGCGCAUAGACGACCUGAAGCAGAGAAUCGCUGCUUGGGGAAAGCGGAUUCGGCGAUAUACCGAGAGGUCGACACGGUUCAACCAGAAUCGUCUCUUCCAGAGUGAUCAGAAUAGGUUCUAUAAAUCAUUGGAGCGACCAAUGGUAAGUGGAACGGGCCCAGUACCGAAUCAGGCCGACACGGUCGCAUUCUGGCGCAGCCUGUGGUCAGAGCCCGUAAACUACAACAAGGACCCUUGGACGGAAGUUGUGGCGAAUCAGUGUGCGGGUAUUACGCCCAUGGACCCCUUCACCAUAACGCCGGAUGACGUAGCUGAGGCGGUCCGUAGGGCCCCGAACUGGAAAAGUCCCGGACUCGACGGGCUGCAUCACUACUGGCUGAAGGGGUUCGUGGUGUGUCACACUGUGCUCGCCCGACAGUUUCAAGAGGUUCUCAACCAGAAAUCGCUCCCGAGCCUCUUCACUACUGGGAUCACCCAUUUGGUUCCUAAAGGCCAGGGGCGAAAGGGGGAAGAAAUUGGAGGUUUUGCCUAUCGGGCUAGGAUGCAUCGACUUUUUGCUGACCUCGAGCCAGCUAUAACCGUCACCGAGCAAAACCUGGUAGACCGAGUUCGGUAUAUCUUGCGCUCAAAUAUAUUUGAUGUCGCCGAACUCGAACGACAACGACUUAAGGCUGUUCCCUCUACGGAUGAAAAUGCUACGGCUGAGGUUGCGGCGCCACAACUUACAAUGCAACCCGCAAACGUGGAUGCCGCCGUGAAUACCCCAGUUGUGGUUGAUUCAAACUAUGAUGGAACAGUCGCCCAGGAACUGGAAUUAGAGCAAAUGAGGAGUACAUUGGAAGAGGCGAUUGUGGAAACGCGCAGUACGCCUCUCGAAAAUCGACCGCGACUUCCCCCGCAUAGCCCUAAGCAAAAAUCGAUAUCCCAGCCUGGAGAAUAA